AUGGCGAAACGUCUUCGCAGGCGAAGUCGUCAGUUCAAUACACGGCGCCUCUUCCUUUGCGGCAAGAAUAGGUUUACCCUUUGCACUGGAAUUUAUUUGCUACUCCUGGGCACAGCAUGCUUUUUGAUUAUACGGCAAGUUUGUAGGGACUUCGAAGCUGAAGAGGUCGCAGUUUCUGUCGCUCCACCUCCACGCAUUUUCUGCAUAAUUAAGUCAUAUGCGUACCGCCACGAGCAUGCCUCGAUCCACAUCCAUCGCACUUGGGCCAAGCACUGCGAUCACCACCUAUUCGUCAGCGAUGAUGUUCAUCCCUACUUGGAGCCGGCGGUGUUUCUGAAUCUCCACGACAAAUGGCUUCGGCUGAGGGCCCACCUGGAGUACGUCUACAAGUAUCACUUCGAUCAGGGGGACUGGUUCCUCUACGCCAAUGAUGAUAAUUUUGUAGUUGUGGAGAACCUUCGAGACAUGUUGAAGUCCUACAGCCCCGAUGAGCUUAUCUAUUUCGGCUGCAAACUGCGCACACCCAACGGUUUGGUCUUUAUGUACGAAGGAUCCGGCAUUGUCUUCAGUGGAGCUGCUCUGAAGCGAUUUACACUCGCUGCGCUGACCAACGAAAGCAUCUGCAGCUCAAAGGGAAAGGGAAACGAGGCCACCGAGGAACUGGGUCGAUGUCUCACCAAUGUCAAUGUGAUAGCCGGCAAUAGUCGAGAUGAGUGGCAGGGACACCGAUUCCUGCCCUUCGAAUACGAUGUGCAUUUGGGCGGCCAGUUAAACGAAUCACUCGAACUACACAAAUAUUUCCUGAGCCAUUCAUACUACCCAGUAAUUGAUAUGAACUUGCCGGUUUCUUUGCGAUCAAUUUGCUCUCACUUGAACAACAUUAACAACAUUUAUGACAUGUACUACUUUACAUAUAAAGUUCGAGUGUUUGGAGUUCCAUUCGAUUUUGAGUCUGAUCACAACAAUCUAUGGAAUAGACAACAUUUACAUGGAUGA